GUGCGUUCAGUAUAUAUAAGCGUGCAAUUGCACACAAUUGACAAUUGACGACUGUAACCUCGUCAUCGAGGACACCCAAGUCGUUAGUUGUGACGUUAGGCACGGCGUGACAGCGGCUAUGGCGAGGAUGAUGAUAACGACGUUGUUCAACGACGGGCACUGACGACAGCUCCGGAGGACUAACCGCCGUCACGAUCACAUUCAAAACAUUGAUUGUCGACGUCGACACCCGCCGACAUUCAACGUCCCUGGACCCCCCGAUGCUUUACGUGCUCCCACCGAUUCCCGGGGGAUACAUAGCUAUACCGAAUGUAUAAUCAGGCGAAUUAGAAAGCGAGCAUGUCUCGUUGCAGCGGAAAGUGCCUUCUGCACUCCGGAGCGUAUACCAUGGAUUGAGAAUUUGUUCAGUGUUACUGCUGUCAAGUAUCUGGUAAAUACCUGAUGAUGCAUAUGAAUAGUCAAUGUACAAGGAACUGGCAAAAUGCAAAUGAUGGUGAGAUAACUGAAGAUUCAUCCUGAAAUACUAUACUUAUUUGAGAAAGGACCAAUAUAGAAUACAGACAAUAUGUUUGGUUGUCCUAGAGAGGCUGUGCGUGUUAAAGUCAAGAAAUGUGAAACUAGACAUCAACCAGAAUACCGUAAAUUUAGUGUGGAUCCUCAAAUAACAUCAAUAGAAGUACUGCAAAGUAUUCUCAUAAAGGCUUUUGACAUAAAAGGGGAAUUCACCGUUUCGUAUCGAGCGAUUGAUGACUAUGGGUCAGAGACGUAUCUCUUCCUACUCUCGGACUGGGACUUGGAUGCCGCAUUUAUCAGCGCAUCCGAGCCAUAUCUCUAUCUGCAGGUGAAUUUAAAACCCUUCGGUGAAACUGGAGACUGCGAGUGCUACUGGGAGCAAAAUGCGCAAGAAGUUUUGACACGUCAGCAGGAGACUGGGUUUCCUUACAGAACACCUAAGUUGCCCGGUCUCAUAAUGAAUAAAAUGGAAAGAACGCUGAAUAUGGUGCAACGUGCAUUGGGCAACUUGGGCGACGAGUCGUCUCAUCAGCAAAAUGUUCAACCUCCAAGACCACCUUUGACGGACGCUGAAUUUCGUCGAUUUCUGGAUCCGAUCGGCCAAGUAGUGCACUCCAAGGAAUUAAGGGCAGUUAUUUACUUCGGCGGGAUUGAACCUAGUUUACGCAAGGUAGUCUGGAAACAUAUCUUGAACGUGUAUCCAGAAGGAAUGUCGGGUCGCGAACGGAUGGAUUACAUGAAGAAAAAGGCGCAGGAAUAUCAGAAUCUGCGCGAACGAUGGCGAGUGCUGGUGCAAAAGGGACAGAACGUCGGUGAUCUCGGCUACGUCACUGGUAUGGUAAGGAAGGAUGUCCUCAGAACGGAUAGGCAUCACAAGUUUUACGGUGGUUCAGACGACAAUCAGAACACAGCGAGUCUCUUUAACAUUCUGACGACGUAUGCCUUAAAUCACCCGAGUGUAAGCUACUGCCAGGGUAUGAGCGACUUGGCUUCACCUCUUCUCGUUACGAUGCGGGAUGAGGCACAGGCUUACAUCUGUCUCUGCGCUCUCAUGAGAAGAUUGAAGGAUAACUUCAUGCUCGAUGGUAUCGCCAUGACUACCAAAUUUGCUCAUCUCGCAGAAGGUCUUCAACAUUAUGAUCCUGAUUUCUAUGCAUAUUUGAAGUUGCAUCAAGCAGAUGAUCUACUCUUUUGUUAUCGUUGGUUGUUAUUAGAAAUGAAACGUGAGUUUGCAUUAGACGACGCACUUAGAAUGCUCGAAGUUCUAUGGGCAGCUUUGCCAGCGUCACCGCCGACCGGCGAAUUGAGUCUUGCCGAGGUGCCUUUUCCGCCAGCAUCGCCGCCGCCGAGUCCGAAUGUGAAGCAUAUCCGUGAAAACGCUUAUACUAAGGUCUGCGCUAUUAGACGACAAAGUUCCUCAGCCAGUAUUGCCGCUAGCGUGAGACGAAAGGCCUUCAGUACCGAAGAACCGAGUCUGCAAUCAUCUACUGAAGUUAACGGAGAAACGAAAAGAUCCAACUCGCCUUAUGAAGCAUUCUCCGAUUCAGAGAAUGAUUUAACUAGCACGAAAAACAGGAGAAAUAAUGAAUCGACAGAAAAGUGCCUAAGUACUGAUUCUCUUCCAAUUAAAUCGAAACGCGCAAAUCUUUUGGAAUUGAAAGAAAGACUGAGUACUCCUAAUAAAGAACAGACUAAAAAUAGUGAACAGAAUGAUAGUUCUGGUGAAAAGAAAUGUGCGCGAGUGGUAAAGAAUUUAAAUGAGUUCUUAAACUUUACUAGUCUCAAUCGUAAUAAAGUCACGCCCAGCGAUGCUGAACCUGAACUCAGACGUGUCUCAAGUGAAAGUGGCGUCAUCAGAGUGUUGAGGGAUGAACCGAGUUCGCCAGAUGAUCCUACGGAUUUUUUUCCGAUGACCACAUCAAUGACUAGAGAAUUAAGACUAGAAUUGGAAUCGUUAGAUCGACAAGUGUUUGGGCCUUCGCCGCCUAGUGAACUACAAUGCGAUUGUGUGCUUUCAAAAAGAGAAAAUGAUUUACCAGAGAGCGAGACAGAGACAGAAUUGGCAAGAUGCAGUCCAGCGGCGGAUGUGUUUGUAUGGGAAAAUCCUUUACACACGUUACAACAGAAGCAUCAUCCCACGACUCCGGACGAGCAAGCGGAAUUGGAAUACGACGGUGAAAUUUUGGAGGAUCAGAAUGGCGUGAAAUCCGUUACGCCGAUUAGGCUGCUCAAACGUACCACUAGAUCUGAGUCGGCGUCAGAUAGUGAAGGAACCGAGAGUUGGCAUCAGAAUCCACCUGUACCAGGAAGUCCGACAAAACAGCAACAGGCGCAACAACAGCAGCAACAGCAACAACAACAACAACAGCAACAGUCUGUACAAGAACAAUGCGAGGAAGUGACAGAGCUGACUAAUCUCAUACCUGCAGGAACAAGCGAGGACCAACUGGGCGAAAGUUCAUUGCCGCCACCGCACGAAUUCGGUGGCGGCAAUCCCUUUCUAAUGUUCCUGUGUAUCACUCUUCUGCUGCAACAUCGGGACUUUGUUAUGCGCAAUCAAAUGGAUUAUAACGAGAUGGCAAUGCAUUUCGACAAGAUGGUUCGCCGUCACAAUGUGAUCCGUGUACUUAAUCAGGCGCGGCAAUUAUUUGCCGGUUAUCUCAGGAGACAUUCCGUCGCUUCGUCCUCCUCGGCCGGUUCGACUUCCGCCAGCAAGGCAGACUGCGUGAACGUGUAAUUCUACCAAUCAUCUUUAAAAAAAGCCUCAAGUUUUAAUUUGAGAUUUCAGAAUUAUUUCAUUCAAAAUGUACAAGAUUCAAACGACACAUAUCAUGGACGAUUAUAUGUUGUCGAUUAAAAUUCGGAAGGCUUAAGAGGACUCGAGAGUAAUGCUCUUCCGCUCACAACAUACGUGGAACAUUUAUGACACUCGUACAUCAUUCGCAGUUGUAUCGCAUGAGGAAUGUUUCUGAUUAACCAUUUUUUCCUUCGUAUUUCUUUUUCUUUUGGUAUAUAAUAGAGAUAGACUUCUUUUAAAUAAUUGAAUAAAGGUAAAAUUCUCCAUUGUAGACAUUGAAAAUAUUCAAAUCUAGAGGCGACAACGAAUAAGUGACCAAUAAUGCGAAAGCAAUAAAAGCAAUGUAUUUGCAAUCAUAUUAUAUAUAAAUAUUUUAGAGCCUUUUUCGUAAGAGCAAUUUUUCAAGAUAAAUUGAAUAAAGAAGAAAAGACGAUUGAUCAGAGACAAAACCACUUAGGCCCGUACUUAUUAGCAGUUAAGAUAAAAGGAUUUGUUGAGAGAGCUAGGGAUACAACGAUCUGAAACGCUUUAGUUAAUUCGCGAACGGCAUGCGUAGCCCCGUUCGCUCACGCACGUUAUUAUUCCAUCACGGCAUAAUGCACUUCAUCAUCCGCAUGCAUCGACGAACCCUCUUUCGCUGUACCUCGAGAUAGAAUUAAGCCCUUAGCUUAAUGCAUUCGGGCAACGAUGGCGUUGCACGUUCUCGAAUGCGUUAAAUUUGUAAAAUACAUCUAUAUCUAUCCUAGCAGCUGAGUUUUACUUUGUUUUCAAAUAAUACGUUUG